CCCUGGGGCCUGGCUAGACGCUGAGAAUUGCAGUUACAGUCGUUUCGGGAGGGUCCAGCCAGGACUCUGAGAGGAAUUACGCGGGUGCCUCUCUGGACCACAUUUCCCAGAGGGCUCGGUGGCCCGUCGCUCUUCUCGCAGGAACGCGAACGUUUCGUCACGCCUGGCGGGACCGUUAGAUCCGUGAGGUGAGAGUCCGGCGGUCCCGGGGGAACCGGCUCAGUUGUGCACGUUGCGAUGCCGGGAGACCCGAAAGGUGUAAAUCGGGGAGCCCGGAGAUAGGUGCAGAAGAGAAGGAAAGAAUGCACAAUGAACUUCUACAAGCAAUGUCCAAGGGGUCAAUGAUGUUCAGGGAUGUAUCUAUAAACUUCUCUCAGGAGGAAUGGGAAUGCCUGGACUCGGGUCAGAUGAAUUUAUACAAAGAAGUGAUGUUGGAGAAUUUCAGCAACCUGGUUUCAGUGGGACUUUCCAAUUCUAAGCCAGCUGUGAUUUCCUUAUUGGAACAAGGAAAAGAACCCUGGAUGGUUGAAAGAGAGCUGACAAGAGGCCUUUGUUCAGAUCUGGAAUCUAUGUGUGAGACCAAGAUAUUAUCCCUAAAGAAGAGACAUUUUAGUCAAGUAAUAUUUACCCAUGAAGACAUGCCCACUUUUAUUCAGCCCACAUUUCUUACCCCACAUCAAAAAACUGUUAAUGAAGAGAAACCCUGUGAAUGUAAGAUAUGUGGAAAGGCCUUUAAUCAGAACUCACAAUUUAUUCAACAUCAGAGAACUCAUUCUGCUGAAAAAAGCUAUGAAUGUAAGGAGUGUGGGAAGUCCUUUAGCCGUGGCUCACUUGUUACUCGACAUCAGAGGAUUCACACUGGUGAAAAACCCUAUGAAUGUAAGGAAUGUGGCAAGGCUUUUAGUUGUAGUUCAUAUUUUUCUCAACAUCAGAGGAUUCACACUGGUGAGAAACCCUAUGAAUGUAAGGAAUGUGGAAAAGCCUUUAAUUAUUGCUCAAACCUCAAUGAUCAUCAGAGAAUUCACACUGGUGAGAAACCCUAUGAAUGUAAAGUAUGUGGAAAAGCCUUUACUAAGAGUUCUCAACUUUUUCCACAUCUGAGAAUUCAUACUGGUGAGAAACCUUAUGAAUGUAAGGAAUGUGGGAAAGCCUUUACUCAACACUCAAGGCUUAUUCAACAUCAAAGAAUGCAUACUGGUGAGAAACCUUAUGAAUGUAAGGAAUGUGGGAAGGCCUUUAGUAGUGCCUCAACACUUACUAACCAUCACAGAAUUCAUGCAGGCAAGAAACUCUAUGAAUGUAAGGAAUGUGGAAAGUCCUUUAUUCAGAGCUCAGAACUUAUUCAACAUCAGAGAAUCCAUACAGAUGAAAAACCUUAUGAAUGUAAUGAAUGUGGGAGGGCUUUUAAUAAAGGCUCAAACCUAACUAGACAUCAAAGAAUUCACACUGGUGAGAAACCCUAUGACUGUAAGGAAUGUGGAAAGGCCUUUGGUAGUCGCUCUGACCUUAUUCGUCAUGAAGGAAUUCAUACUGGGUGAAAGAUAAGCCCUGUUGAUAAUCUUUAUAAUAAUAUCUUAAAAACAGGUAAUGGGAAAAAAAAUAAAGCAGUGUAGUAGUUUUUUAGGCUACUGUAACAAAGUACCAAAGUACCAAAAUUGGGUGACUUAAAACAACAGAAAUGUAUUCUCUCACAGUUUUGGAGCUUUGAAAUCCAAAAUUAAAGUUGUUGGUAACGUUGAUUCCUUCUGAGGACUCUGAGGAAGAAUCUGUUCCAUGUCUUUCUCCUGGUUUCUGGUAACAGCAAUCUUUGACAUUCCUUGUCUUGUAAAUGCAUCACUCCGUGCUCUGCCUCCCUCUUUACAUUGCAUUCUCCCUGUGUAUAUGUGUCUCUGUCUUGUAUAAGAGGAGACUCUUAUACAGGACAUCAGUCAUACUGGAUUAAGGCUCACCCUGAUGACCUUAUCUUGAUUACAUCUGCAAAGACCUUAUUUCCAUGUAGGAUCACAAUUGCAGGUGCCAGAGGUUAGGGCUUCAACAUAGUUUAACCCAUAACACUGUUAACAUUGUUUUUCUAACAUUUUUGUACUUUUCUUUUAUACAUAAUUUGUUGAAUGUAUUUCAAAAUGUAAAUUCAAGGUUUAAGUUAAACCUCCCUUCCCUUCAAAAAAGAUUCUGUCCCAAACUACUUCUUAAAUAAUUCUUUCCUCCCCAUUGUUUUAUGCUACUUCUUGGUUAUAUGUUUGAGUUUGAGUUUGUUAGCUUAGUUUAGCGCCAUCUUUUCUAUUGCUCUAACCCAUAGAUCUGUUUCUACCAAUACUAUACUGUAAGUUACAUUACAUAGGCUAUCUUCUAAUUCCUGGCAGAAUUAUAACUUUGUUUUUGAAGGCAGCUCUAUUCCUUUUCCUUUUGUAACGCUAAAGUUUUCAUGUUAUUAAAAAAAAGCAAAACCCAGGGCGCCUGGGUGGCUCAGUUGGUUAAGCGACUGCCUUCAGCUCAGGUCAUGAUCCCAGGGUCCUGGGAUCGAGUCCCGCAUCGGGCUCCCUGCUCUGCGGGGAGCCUGCUUCUCCCUCUCCCACUCCCCCCACUUGUGUUCCCUCUCUCGCUGUGUCUCUCUCUGUCAAAUAAAUAAAUAAAAUAAAAUCUUUAAAAAAAAAAUAAAAAUAAAAAAAAGCAAAAACCAAACAAACUCUCCCCACACACACAGUGAAAAAAAUAGGUUAUUUGUAAGCCUACCAAAAAAAAUUACUAUUUUCAAAUUAUACAACAUAUCCUUCCAGGCUUUAUUUAGUGUAAUCAUGAUGUGCAUGUUGUACCAUAACCUGCUUCUAUCAUGCUACUAUUUCAGUAAGUAUAGAUGUUUAUCAUUCUUUUUAAUGGUAUCAUAAUUUUUCUGUGGUAGAUUAUCAUUUUGCUAAAUAUUACUGACAUACUUUAUGGUGCUCACUGAAAUUUUAGUUAUAAAAGUUGCCUUCUAAAUACAAAGUUAGUGCUUUUGUUUGUUUUUCUUUAAAAACAUUACAUUUCAAUGUCAAAAUACUGAUCAGUAUUUUCUCCUUGAAAAAUAUUGCCAAUAGUUUGUCCCAUUAUUGUAAUCACUGUUAUCAAUUUGCUCUUUAUCCUUCCAGACCUUUUUUUAAAAAACUAUUUUUGCUUACAAAUGUGUUCACACAAACCAAAUACAUAAAUACUUGCAAUACUUGUAGAAAAGUUAGUGCUGCUUUAUAAUUUUGUGUAUGAAUGUACAUAACACAUAUACACUAAUGUGUUGGAUUGCUGUGAGGAUUAAAUGAGUUAAGAUGUGUAAAAUGAGAGUAACCUGGGUGGCUCAGUCAGUUGGGUCUCUGCCUUUGGCUCAGGUCAUGAUCCCGGAGUCCUGGGAUCAAGCCCUGCAUCAGGCUCUCUGCUCAGUGGGAAGCCUGCUUUUCUCUCCCUCCCUCUCUCUCUCUCUCAAGUAAAUAAAUAAAACCUUUAACAACAACAACAAAAAAUAUAAAAUGAGGGGUACCAGGGUGGCUCAGUUGGUUAAGAGUCUCUUGAUUUCGGCUCAGGUCAUGAUCUCAGGGUGGUGAGAUCAAGCUCCAUGCUCGGUGAGAAGCAUGCUUGGAAUUCUCUCCCUACUUCCAUGCUUGAGCUUUCUCUCUCAAAAGAGAAAACAAGAAAAUGGUUGGGAUUGUUAUUUUUUGGGGGGGGAUUGUUAUUAACAUAUAGUAACUAUCUAGGAGAUGUUAUUUAAUACUAGUAUCAGUACCUCCACCAUUAUUAUUAUUUAUAGAAAGGACUUUAACCAUGUUAUACACCUUAAUUGACAUAAAGAAUUCAUAAUGAGAACAGCCAAUGGGUGUAAAUGUUCGUAGAAAAGCUUCUCACCAACAUUUAUUCCUUAUUCAGCAUAAAGUUUAAAAAGGAAAAAAAAUCCUAGGAUGUAAAAGUCGAGAAAGAAAAAGAAUGGUUGAAUGAGUCUACAUUUACAUCUAUAUUUCAUGCUGUGCAAUAAUUUUAUGCCUGUCCAAAAAUCUAUUUGCAUAUUGAGAAUAACAAAAUUCAUUUGUCAAAACAGUAGAGAAAAAUAGGAAAUAUUUACUCAAUCACUUUCCACCCAAAGUAGACCAUAUGUAGGUCGCAUUCUUUUUCAAAAUGGGGAAAAAAACUAAAAUGUGAUAGCCAACAAUAUCUGAGUAUUAAUAAUACCCUUCCAAAUAACAUGAAUCAGAAGGAAAUCAAUCCCUGAAUUAUAUUUAAAUGAGUGAAAAUGAACACAUUAUGUAGAAAAGCCUGAGAGGAACUAACUCUGUAUUCAAAUAAAGUAUAGCCCAAUAGGCAUGCUGGUUUUUUUUUCUUUUUUCAAGUUUUAAUUUAAAUUAUGUUUAACAUAACAGUGUAAUAUUAAUUUCAGGUGUAGAAUUUAGUGAUUCAUCACUUACAUAAAAUACCCAGUGCUCAUCACAUCAAGUGUUCUCAAUACGCAUCACCCAUUUAAUCCAUCCCCUGCCCACUUCACCUUCAGUAACCCUCAGUUUGUUCUCUAUUAGUUAAGAGUAUUUUCGAGUUUCUAGGGAUGCUGAUAGGUCAAACACCAAGAGAUUAUUAAUAAAUGAACUAAAUGUACAAGACAAAAAGCAAGAAGAGUAACAGCAAACUAUAUUCAAAUAUAUUAAAGGUAGUAAAAAUAAACAGCAAAAAUAAUUCAAGGAAAAUAAAAUUAUUUCUUUGACAGCAAAGAAAUAUAUAGAUAGAAACAUUGGUAAUUCUGAGGGGGAAAAAUAGAAGACAUGAAUACAUGAAAUAUGGACAUGAUUAGGAGAUUAUCAUAUUUACUAAUAAUUGGAAAUCUAGACAAAGUAUACAAUAUUUGUAGAAAAAUGUAAUUUGUCAGAAGUAGGAGGUGUAAACCCUUCAUAGAGUAAAAUGAUAAAUGCAGGGGGGAAAAGGUUUGAAUAUAGUCAAAUAGCUGCACUUAGAUCACCAAGCCAGAUCAUUUUAUGGGCAAAAUUUAUCAAAUAUUCAAGGAACUUCCAAAUCAAAUGAGAAAACAAGCUCACCAUCUGUUUUUAUGACUCUUUCAUAUUCCUGAUGUCAAAAUAACUAGAUCACAAAAACAUAAUUUAGUAUCAUAGUACUGAAAGUACAAAUUCAUUCUAGCAGUCUAUUAAAACAUGCACAAUCUGAACCCAUUACCUGAAGUCAGAAAUCAAAUACUUUAUUUUUUGUUUUUUAAAGAUUUUAUUUACUUAUUAAGUGUGGGUGCACACAAGCAGGGUUGGGAGGGCAGGGGGAGCAGCAGACCCUCUGCUGAGCAAGGACCCUGAGAUCAUGAGCUGAGCUGAAGGCAGGCGCUUAACUGACAGCCACCCAAGGCGCCCCAGAAAUCAAAUACUUUAGAUAAAACCUUAUUAUCACAUUGUAAAUCAGGGGACAGCAAACUAAUCUAGACCACUACCUGUUUUUGUAUGGCCUAGAAGCUAAGCAUGAUUUUUACAUUUAAAUUGGUUGAAAUUUUAAAAAAUAACAUGAAAUUAUAUGAUACUCAAACUUCAGUGUUCAUAAAGUCAUUAAAACAGAACCACAUAUAUUCACAUAUUGUCUGGCUGCUUUCACACUAUAACAUAAUUUGAGUACCUGUGAUAGACCAAGUGGUUUGCAAAGCCUAUAAUAUUUACUACCUGACCUGUUACAGAAAAAGUUUGUCAAUUCUUGCUUUAGAUAGUCACUUGCUAAAAAACAGAAGUCCUAUUGAUUUGGUUAACGUAGUAUUCUAUGCUCUCAGAAGCUCAGAAAACAAGUAGAUUUUGGAUAGCGAGGGAUUCUUGAAAUGCAAUGAAAGAUAAUUCUGUGGCAAUUCUGGAAUUUGUAUAUCUAAACUCCAUAACAAUUGAUAAUUUGAGCAAGUCCCAGCAUCUUUUGUAAGGUAUUUUUAUUAAAAACAUAAUGUUAUGGGGCACCUGGGUGGCUCAGUCGGUUGGGCGACUGCCUUCGGCUCGGGUCAUGAUCCCGGGGUCCUGGGAUCGAGCCCCGCAUCGGGCUCCCUGCUCUGCAGGGAGCCUGCUUCUCCCUCUCCCACUCCCCCUGCUUGUGUUCCCUCUCUCGCUGUGUCUCUCUCUGUCAAAUAAAUAAAUAAAAUCUUUAAAAAAAAAACAAUGUUACAUGCUCUACUAAAAUCAAUGUGGUUAAUAUAACGAGUGACUUUAUGAGUUACCUCCUCCAACUACCAUAUCUGCAUCUUAACUAUUAUAACCUUCUAAUCCCACAAUUCACAAUGCACAGCAGCGUAUCAAAACUGCAGUUAAAAAAAAGACAAAACUCCCAUUUAACUGGCUUAUAUGAGCAUAAUCCAAACUAAUUUGUACAUGAAAUCCUGUUUGCUCCUAAUUGCUCUUAACAUCUUUGGGAAGUGUAUAUGCUUGAGGAAUGUUUGGGGUUUCUAUUUUGUUUUUUAACAAAAGUCAUGAAUCAAAAAAUGAAAUUAAGGGAGAUAUUACAGGUAAACUAGGAAUUUGGGGAUGGAGUAUUUCCCAUCUCCCUAUAUCAGGCACUACAAGAUGCUAGACAGUACUUGGAAGCCAUUGAAAAUACUAAGAUAACUGAUUUUUAAAAAUACUAAGAUAGGGGCGCCUGGGUGGCUCAGAUGGUUAAGCGUCUGCCUUUGGCUCAGGUCAUGAUCCCAGGGUCCUGGGAUCGAGCCCCACAUCAGGCUCCCUGCUCCACAGGAAGCCUGCCUCUCCCUCUUCCACUCCCCCUGCUUGUGUUACCUCUCUGGCUGUGUCUCUCUCUGUCAAAUAAAUAAAAUCUUUUAAAAGAAAAAAAA